CUUUAAAAAAUCAGAAGAAAAAAUGAUUUCACUUGGCGGUUCCGAUUUCAUACAAAUCAAUGUGACCAAUUCCAAAACCGAUCAUGUUGCGUUCGACAUUAAAUUUCCCAAAUCUCUAACAGUUGCUGACCUCAAGCAGAAGUUGCAAGUGAUAACUGGUGGAAAUGCCGGUACCAUGAAAGUGGAGCUAUAUAAGGGCAGUGAGUUGGUGACGUCACUGGGCGAUGAUUCGAUGAUGUUGGGAGCAUUGCCAAUUGAACCGAAUAUGCGGUUUCAUGUUGUCGACGACUUUAUCCUGUUCGAUUUGCACGAUGGCGAAGAGGUGAAAAAAUUCGAAUUACCCGAAGAUGAAUAUGAUAAGAAGGAUAAUACUGUCAGGAGUUUCCUUAAAAGGAAUCAAAUGGGCAAGUACAAUGAAGAGGAACAGAAGCGGGAAGAGGCGAAACGUUUGGAAAAGGAAGCAUUGGAGAAACAAAAGGCUGAACAAUGUACGGUGGGUUCACGUUGCCAGGUUACGUUAAAGGGUUGUCCCACCCGUCGUGGCACCGUCAUGUACAACGGCCCAUUGGAGGGCAAGACUGGGGUAUUUAUUGGUGUCAAAUACGAUGAACCAUUGGGUAAAAAUGAUGGUUCGGUACAGGGUAAACGUUACUUUACCUGUCCACCAAAUUAUGGUGGUUUUGUCUCGCCUCUAUGGGUAGAGGUUGGUGAUUUCCCCGAAGAAGAUUUCAAUUUGGAAGAUGAAAUCUAAA